AUGUGGCAGCAGUGUGAUAGCAUAGUGCCGAGUUUCAAUGCACUGUCAAGGACAGAGUCCGUUCGAACUCGCGGAGCUUCCGAGGAGAACCAGCGUCUUGGCCAGAGCAAAUGGAAGCUGAGCAAAGCGCUGGAAGGAAUCGAGAGCGCAACCAAUGCUGCCCUGGAGCCGCUGGAUGUCGACAAACUCAAGCAGCAUGCGAUGAAAGGCUUGCGUGACAAGGCAAUCAAUCGCAUGAAGCUUCAGGGCGUCAGCAGGGAUCAGCAGGAGGUGAUCCUGGAAGAGAUGGAUGCGCUGCUGCGUGAGCGUUCGGAGAGAGUCAAGGCUGCUCAACUGGAGUCCCAGGAGCUGGACAUGCAGGAGGACGUGGUUUUUGCACCUCCGGAUGAGAUGGAAGCGAGCCUGGAGACAAGAGAAGAUGCUCAGCAGGCAGAGGAUGCCGAAGCACAUGUUGCCUCCUUGGAUGCGCACCCGGAAGGGAGAGAAGCACCAGGAGGGCCCGCGGAGGAGUGA